AUGCACCAUUCAAGAGAGGUUCCUCUGGGAAGUUGUGAUCAUCAGGCAAGAAAGAGGAUUCAGUUGGACCUUCUUCACGAAUCAGGUUUCAUUCAGGAAGGUGGAAUUCUGAUCACGGAGUUUGCUUUAGAUUAUUUCAAGAAGAAAUAUCAUGAGAAUUUAGGUUUUGAUUUAUUUACCGAGCAUGCAAGUGGCCUUGUUAGUAAACCAAAAAAAAAGCAACGCAAGGUUGCAGAAUACUACAAACAACAGGAGAGGCUCCUUGAGGGAUAUAAUGAUAUGGAUACCAUGACUGGAACUGGACUUUUCCCAGGAAGUAUUACCGAGGAUGAAAUGAAGCAAUUAGAAAAAAGUGUGAGACUAGCAGUUAACGUGUCAAAUGCAGUAAACUUGGUGUUAUUUGCAGCCAAAGUGUAUGUUUCAAUUGAGAGUAGAUCAUUAGCAGUGAUUGCAUCCACUUUGGAUUCUCUCUUAGAUCUCUUGUCAGGGUUCAUAUUGCGGUUCACUGCUAAUGCCAUGAAAACACCAAACCAUUAUCAUUAUCCAAUUGGAAAGAAAAGGAUGCAUCCAGUGGUUGGAUUAGCUGCUGCUAUGUUGGCUGUCAAGUUCUAUUGGUGGAUUGAUCCAUUGGGAGCUAUUAUUAUAGCACUGUACACAAUUAUUACAUGGGUGAAGACAAUGAUUGAGAAUGUAUCAUCACUUAUUGGAAGGACAACACCACCUGAUUUUCUAGCAAAGUUGACAUAUCUAAUAUGGAAUCAUCAUUUAGAAGUUAAACACAUAGAUACUGUGAGAGCAUACACUUUUUGUGUUCACUAUUUUAUUGAAGUAGAUGUGGUGUUUCCAGAAGACAUGCCAUUACCCAAACAAUUCGACACCUGUGACAUUGAUUCCAAGGUCAAUCUUGAGCUAUUGGCCAAUGCGGUUCUUGUAGGUAUCAAAGGCAAGAAUGUUCGGAGUGUGAUUGAGAGUUUGAACAAAGUGGAGAGUAUUGCCAAGAUUUCUUUAUCUACUCAUCUUGAUGCCCCUGUCAUUGCAAAUGAGUGUCUUCAAUUGGUUACAAGUGGCCACAUUGAAGAAGUUGUUGAGCUGAUGGAGGUCUUCUCACGUUUCCAGUCAUCAAUUGCAGAACUCGUUCAACCAUCUGACAUUCUAAAAAGAUGUGUUCUUAAAUGUAAACCAAUCCAUUGUAGCCCAAGACAUGUAUAA